AUGCAAGAAUCAUCGGAUAGUGAGAGUGAAAUCGAACCAUCCGUGUAUGAAAAACGAAGAGAACUCAACGCUCUGCUCACUGUAAUUGCUGAGAGACUUUUCUUCGAUAGUAAAAAGAAAGUAUACAUAGAAAAAUUAAAGCAGCUAGAAAAGCGACAAGCUGAAGUUUUGGGUCAGGAAGCUCCAGAUUUCAUCAAAAAGAAGGAAGAAAUUCUCAAAGAAUAUCAUGACAAACUUCGAUAUAUAGAUGUGGUUCGGUCACUGCGAACGGAGUCUCUUAAUCGGCGUACCUUGGGUCAGUUAGAGUGUGCACAUCAAAAUGUGGAAAAUGAUAAACGAUUGACUUAUGAAAGGAUUGAGACUGGUAUAUUAACAAAACUGCAAAAGUUGGAUGCAGAAUUCAAAAAGUGUGCAAAAGAAUAUGCGGAUUUUUGUCAAGAAUGUGAAAAGAGUAAGGAAAGACGCCGAAGGAAGCAAAAACGUAAUCCAGUGUCCCACGUUAUUGAGAAGUUAUUAGGAAAUGCUAUUUCAUCUCUGGUUGAUCAAUAUGAUGAAGAUAUUAACGAAGAUUUAUACGCUUAUGAGCAAACUUUGAGAGUUGUAAAUGGGAGAACUACUAGUGAAAAAGACAAAUGA